GGUUCCAAAAGCCCUACACGACUACUGGGACAUAGCAAUUAUAAUGGUUCAGUUCGAACCUAGAAGCGUUUUAGAAAUGUCUUCAUGGAACACAUGGGUUCCAGAAACGCUUUCUUUAUGUAAUCAAUUUGUACUUCGUCUACGAAUUGCUAUCUGCAUUGGUUCAACUCAGAUCCGUCCACCAGAUGCAGCCAAGAAUGCAUCACCUGAUGUUGUAUGUGUUGAUAGAAAGGCUAGGGAAACCAAAGUUAAAGUUCAGAAGCUCUUUUACCUUGAUAUAAUGGAGAAACCCUUCUUAAUAUGGAGAAAUUUGGAAGAGAUACUAACUUCAAUGGGUUCAAAAAAUACUCUGCGCCUGGCUUUGUCUCACAUGACUUUCUAUUAUAUGGCAUGCAGAUAUUUUAAUUCCCUUCAGAGUGAAUGCUUUCCUAUCUGUUUCCACUCUGAUGUAAAUAUGGUCAUCUCUGCACCAACUGGGAGUGGUAAAACUGUACUCUUUGAGCUUUGUAUGUUGAGGCUACUCUCCAGGUUCAUCUCUGCGGAGGGAAGAUUCCUACAUGUAAAGGGAUCUCUUAAAACAAUCUAUAUAGCCCCAUCUAAGGCUUUAGUACAAGAGAAACUCCGUGAUUGGAAUAAAAAGUUUGGGCCAUGGGGAAUACAUUGCCUGGAGCUGACAGGUGACAACGAAUCUUACACUCCAAGGAAUAUACUAGAAGCUGAUAUUAUUCUCACAACUCCUGAGAAAUUUGAUGCAGUGUCAAGAUAUGGUAUAGAAAGUGGUGGCUUGAGCUUUUUCAGUGACAUUGCACUUUUACUAAUGGAUGAAGUUCAUCUAUUGAAUGAUCCACGUGGAGCUGUUCUUGAAGCAAUUGUUAGUAGAAUAAAAAUCGUUGCUGGCAAUCCAAAAUUGAAAUCAAAUCCUCUGGCUCAGGUCCGCUACCUAGCUGUGUCUGCCACAAUUCCAAAUAUUGAGGAUCUAGGCUAUGCCCCAGCCAAGAAUGACUUCCUCUUUGAGAAGGUUGAUAUUCUCAUGCAAUAUUCAAGAGGUAAAUCUGCGCUUGUAUUUUGUUCAACAAGAAAAGGAGCACAAGAAGCUGCUCAGCGACUCUCUCAAAUAGUAAUGACUUUCGGUUUAUCAAAUCCAUUCAUAAAGAAUAGAGAACAACAAGAUCGUCUGAGGGAAGCUUCUAUAUCAUGCACUGACAAGCAAAUGCAGUCAUACGUUCUUUAUGGAGUUGGUUAUCACAAUGGUGGGCUUUGCCUCAAAGAUCGGAAUAUUGUAGAAGGCCUUUUUCUCAAGGGCGAUAUUCAAAUAUCCAGUCCUCAAUAUGAGAAGUGA